AUGUUAUCCAGAAAAGGCAAAGUAGCAAUCGUUUCUGAAGAGGCAAUGAAAAGUAUGGAACCGAUCGAGUUGACAAAGUUCAAUACUCUCUGCGAUGGUCCAAACCAUAGCUCAAGAAAUAAAAUAGAAGAAGAAAACUCGUCAGGGGCAUGGUCAAUUUUAUCCGAAAUAAAACAAAUGAAAGUAGAACUACUGAUGUUCUUAUAUUCGCUUUCGUUCACUUUUCGAGGUGUCUCUCAAAUAACUUUAAUAGUUGAUAAAGUAUGCUUGGUUCACUUCAACUAUUCUUCAAGCGUCUGUUCUAAUAUUUCCUACUAUCCUGACGUAAAAACUGAGGUUGUGAAAUUAGCCAACAAUUACAUUCUUGGGUACAAUUUCUUGUCUUUUCUAACAUCCUCCAUUUUAGUGGUUUUCAUUGGAUCGUGGAGUGAUAGAUACAGCCGCAAAGUUCCGUUGAUUGUAUGUCUUCUCGGGGUAAUUAUUGAUGGCUUUAUAAAUAGCUUCCUAACUGUGUUUAUGAACACCAGAGUUGAGUUCCUAUUUAUUCCAGCGCUUAUCAAUGGAUUAUCAGGAAGUUUCCUCACCAUAAUGACAAUAUUAUACAGUUACAUUACAGAUAUAUCAACAGAAAGCAACAGGACAAUGAAAUAUACAAUAAUUCAAGCCGCUGCUGGUAUUUCUGCGCCAAUAGGCAUGUUGGCGAGUGGGUAUGUAUUUAUGUCCCUUGGAUACACGGCAAUAUUUCUAAUAGCAACAGCAGGGCACAUUCUUGCACUUCUUUGGACUGUGUUUUUCAUUAAAGAGACAAGAGGGUUAGAAAACAAAGAAAGUUGGAAGUUGAAGCUGCGAAAAUUGUUCUCUACAGAAAAUGUUAUUGCCAGCUACAAAACUACAAUGAAGAAACGGCCGAACAAAGGAAAAUGGCAAAUUCUUUUGCUAAUGCUAUGUAUGAUGAUAUUUGCUAUGAGUCAGCAAUCUGUUGCUACAAUCGGCUUCUCUUAUGUCCAUCAUCGCUAUGACUGGGACAACACAAAAUAUUCUACUGUGUUUGGAAUAUUUGCAAUGAUAGGAACUAUAGGUACCUUGUUUAUUGUUCCAAUGUUCAAAAAGUUAAAUCUUGGUGAUUGCACACUUGGCUUAGUUGGAUCCACUUCAACAAUUAGUAAAUCCCUGCUCACAGGAUUCGCAUCAAAAGAGUAUCUAUUUUAUACUGCUUACAUGAUUGGAGUGAUGGAAAUGUUAAUACCUUUAGCUGUACUUUCAAGAAUUUCUAAAGUUGCUCCACAAGACGAUAUUGGUAAAAUAUUUGCAAUUUUUACUAUGGUGGAAUCAGUGAUUCCAUCACUCAGCACAGCUCCUGUGUCUCAAAUCUUCAAUGCUUCUUUGGAUUUUUUCCCUGGAUUGACAUUUAUUCUUCUUGCAGUUACGUUUUUAAUACCUCUAGGAAUAUUUAUAUGGAUUAAAGGAUUACCAAAUGCAGAUUUGGAUAAAGACAAAGAAGCUCCUGACAUAAAUGGCAGCAUAGGAACAACUCAAGAAGAAGAUAAUAAAAUUAAAACAACAGAAACUAUUGAAUCAAGUCGUUUUUGA